AUGCACGUGAGAUGCAGAGCUUUUAUCAGCAUUACUAUAAAAAGUAUAUCCAAGCCUUGCACAAUGCUGCCGAUAAAGCUGAUCGGUAGUGCACAACUUACGAAAGCAUACCAAACUGCUAAUGUUCUCUUUGAAGUUCUGAAGGCUGUCAAUCAGACCCAGGCUGUUGAAGUUGAUCGAGAGAUCUUGGAAGCUCAUGAUAAAGUUGCAGAAAAGACUCAGAUCUAUGUCCCUUACAACAUUCUUCCUCUUGACCCUGAUAGUGCAAAUCAGGCAAUAAUGAGAUAUCCAGAGAUUCAAGCUGCUCUUGUAGCUCUUCGUAACACCAGGGGUCUGCCAUGGCCAAGGGACUACAAGAAAAAAAAUGAUGAAGAUAUCCUAGACUGGCUUCAAGCAAUGUUUGGUUUUCAGAAGGAUAACGUAUCAAAUCAAAGGGAGCACUUGAUUCUAUUGCUUGCGAAUGUACACAUUAGGCAAUUCCCGAAGCCUGAUCAGCAACCCAAGUUGGAUGAACGUGCUUUGAACGAAGUGAUGAAGAAACUAUUCAAGAAUUACAAGAAAUGGUGCAAGUAUUUGGAUCGAAAAAGUAGUCUUUGGCUACCUACCAUACAGCAGGAAGUGCAACAGCGUAAAUUGUUAUACAUGGGUUUGUAUCUACUAAUAUGGGGCGAGGCUGCAAAUCUAAGAUUUAUGCCAGAAUGUCUUUGCUAUAUUUAUCAUCAUUGCCUGGAGGAUGGAGGAUGUGAUUACCAGAGUGGAAACUCUGAUGCCAAUGACCUCUUGCAGGCUAAAUGGUUAUAUGGUCAGAUUGGGUUCUGGAAAACCAACCAAGAUAUGAUGGCAUUUGAAUUGUAUGGUAUGUUAGCUGGCAAUAUCAGUCCUAUGACCGGAGAGAAUGUGAAGCCAGCAUAUGGAGGUGAAGAGGAGGCUUUCUUGAAGAAAGUUGUUACACCUAUUUAUGAAGUGAUUGCACGGGAAGCUGCAAGGAGCAGGAAUGGUGUAUCAAAACAUUCUCAGUGGAGGAACUAUGAUGAUUUGAAUGAAUACUUCUGGUCAGCUGACUGUUUUCGCUUAGGUUGGCCUAUGCGUGCAGAUGCUGAUUUUUUUUAUCUGCCAAUUGAAAAGCUUCAGUUUGAGAGAAAUGAGGAAAGGAAGCCAGCUGGUAGAGAUCGCUGGGUUGGAAAAGUCAAUUUUGUUGAGAUACGAUCCUAUUGGCAUAUUUUUAGAAGCUUUGAUAGAAUGUGGAGUUUCUUUAUAUUGUGUUUGCAGGCUAUGAUAAUUGUUGCUUGGAAUGGUGAUGGGAAUCCAAGCUCAAUCUUCACUCCUAAUGUUUUUGAGAAAGUACUUAGUGUCUUUAUAACUGCUGCAAUACUGAAGCUUGGACAAGCUUUCCUUGAUGUUAUCCUCAGUUGGAAAGCAAGGUGGAGCAUGUCAUUCUAUGUUAAGCUACGGUACAUAUUGAAGGUUGUGUCAGCAGCUGCAUGGGUGAUAAUUCUACCAGUCACUUAUGCUUAUAGUCUGGAGAGUCCUUCUGCACUUGCCAAAACCAUUAGAGGAUGGUUUGGGGGUAAUGCAAAGUCCCCUUCACUGUUUAUUUUGGCUGUGGUAAUCUAUCUGUCACCAAACAUGCUCGCUGCAUUGCUGUUUCUUUUCCCUUUUAUCCGUCGAUUCCUUGAGAGAUCAAACUACAGAAUUGUGAUGCUGAUGAUGUGGUGGUCACAGCCUCGGCUAUACGUUGGAAGGGGGAUGCAUGAGAGUGCAUUUUCUCUUUUCAAGUAUACAAUGUUUUGGGUUCUACUUAUAGUGACAAAGUUGGCAUUCAGCUACUAUAUAGAGGUACUUGUAUAUUAUGAUGUUAUGUGUUACAAAUUUUUCUCAGGGAUGUGCCAGAUGUGA